AUGAAAAUGACGUGGAUUAUAUUCAUAGUGUUUCCUCUUAUUCAUUAAUAACAUGUAUGAUGUAAUCUCAAUUCUAAGAUAGAUGGCAAAGAGGCUUGCUAUGAAAUUGAUACUAAUUACAACAAAUAGAGCAAAUUCCCCUUAAUUUACAACUUAGGAUGGAGUGAAGAGUUGAUCCUUAACAUACCUAAAGGAUACAGACCGGAACCAUACGUAGUUUUGAAUUAAGAUUAUAUUGAUCAGCAUUUGAAAACUUUUCAUAAUGGAGCUUCAUUUAUAAUUGUCACCGCAAUUUUAGAUAAAUAUGGAAGAGAUCACAUUGGAACAGCAAAUGGAUUAUUUGUUGUACCAUCAUCCUAAAUGGACAAUUUAUUAUAAGCAGCCAGCGGUAGCCUUUCAAUAGUUGAGAAGAAUCUCGGUAUUCCUCAAGGAAGAUGGUUAUUCAAACGUCUUAGUAGGAUUGAUAUUCCAUAUCCAUAAAAAUUUAAUUUGAGAAUGCCAAGUGGGAAUGAAGCUGGAGUAAAUGAACUAUGGAAGCCAGGGGGAUUACUACCAAACGGAAUGAAAGAAGCCAUCAUAGAUAUGGUACCAAGAAAUGAAUACUUAGAAGUACAGUUGAAUCUUUCUUGA